CAUCCUUAUAACGAGACAGCGCUGUGUAGAGGGUAUCGCCUGACCAUCGGUCACGCGGUCACUGCCCUGGUAUAACAGUGUUUAUCAAGCACACAACACGAUGGACGGGGAAACAAACAACGGGUGUAUACACGAUGGAAGGCAAAGUCUUGGUGCCGGAUCUCUCUGGUCAGACGAUCGUCCAUGAGAAGGACCGCCAGGGACAGUCAGUCAUGUUUCAGAUGUUUGAAGGACUGCGAACCAGCAACUACUUUCCUCUUAGCUGCUUGAAGGGAAUCCGAACCUUACAGCUUAGACCGGACGAUAUCUAUCUCCCUGGCUAUCUCAGGACAGGCAAUCACUGGACGUGGGAGAUGACUAACAUGCUGCUGCAAGGCAAAGCAGAAACUAUCCCAAGGUUUAAGGACCAUCUAGAACUGAUACCUGAUGAAGAAGUGUUCAAACUGCCAUCGCCUCGCGUUCUGAACUGCCACUUCUUCAUGUCUCAAGCACCGCUUGAUCUGAAGGAAAAGAAGUGUCGGGUCAUCUUUACAGUGAGGGAUCCUAAAGAUGUAGCAGUUUCUCUGUACAAGAUUCACUACGAUCGACACCAUCUGAACACUCUGUACCUUGGAACGUUUGAGGACUUCCUGCAGCUGUUCCUUGAACAAAGAGUGAUAAACAACGGUAUGUUUGACCACCUCAGAGACGCAGAAGCGUAUUUCAGUGAAAAUCCUGAUGUACCAGUCCAUUUCCAAGUAUACGAAGACACAAUAAAGGACCCAGUUGCGGCUGUACAGAAAUUGUCGGACUUUUUAGGACUCCCUAGAAAUGACGAUCUGUGCAAGUCCAUUGCAGAAAAGUGUCACAUAACGAAGAUGAAGGUGGACAAAGAUGCCUAUGCUGUGAAAGUUGACGGGGAUAGUCUAUUUUUCUGGAAAGGUGUUUCUGGCGAGUGGAGGAAGUGGUUCACGAAGGACAUGCUGGAUGAGUACUACCGUGUGUAUGAGGAGAAGAUGGUGGGGUCCAGAUUCUAUGAGCGAUACAGCAGAGCAAAUGACAGUUGAAAAAAGUGCACCGCUCAUGGGCUUAUAUUUGUUAUAUUUAUAUACUCAUCAGUUAUUAACAAACCUACCUUUUCGUCUGCUCAUGUACACACCGACAGGGACAAUGAAUUUAUCAUUUUAGCGAUUAAUAUUUACUGAAAUAUAUCUAUACAACAAUA